GCUUAGAUAGGAUGACAAAACUAAAGCAGAUGCAAAGUUUGUCUUUCGUAUUUUAGCAAGCAAAGAGAUUCUUCAAAGAACUGAAUGGAUUAUUUUAUUUGAGGAACUGCUCAAGAGGAAGAAGAUAUCAUAAGAUCUGAGCUAAUUUAUUCAGUUUUGAAAGAAAUGAGCAAGCCAAUAUCAUUGGCCACUUGUUUGGCCAAAAUGUACGAAGGAGGUAGUCUUGACUCUCAGAAUAAAAGUGGGUCUGUUGGCCAAGUGAAAAAGCCGGCUGGUACAAAUCAAAGCAGCAGUGCCAAUAACUUAAGUACAAUGGACAACAAGUUGAAUCUUCUUAAUGAGAAAGUCGAUCGAAUAGUAAACUUUCAAGGACAAGUUCUCAAGAAAUUGGAAGACAUGUCUCAAGGAUUGGGUGACUUAGAAAAGAACAUCGAAACACUGAAAUCAUUAAAAGACUGCAAUGGAAUGGUAGACGGUACAAGUGAUGUUAAAUACUUGCAAAAUACUGACAGCCUCAAUCAUCCUGAGGUGAAGCUCUUAUUCAUGGAACUGUUCAAAAUGGUGACAACUGUACAUCAAGAUACAACAAAACAAAAAGAAAAAUUAGAUGGCAUAGAAAAAAUGGUGUCAGCUGUGGACAAAGCCAUUCACUUUGUGGGUGAAAUCUUCAAAAAUUCCCACAUUGUGCAGUUUAUUCUAAAAGGAACUGUGCCUUGGAAAAAGGAAUGCCUAAUAGAAUCUUCAGAGGGAAAUAAUAAAGCUGACGAGAAAGGUGCCAAACCAAAGCAUGGAUGUAGCAACAGAGGGAUCCAAGCACAAAUUAACAGAGAAUCAUUGGAAGAAGCCAAUGAUAGUGAAGGCAUCCAAACCAAUGGAAAUGUCCAGAAAGAUAAAGAUAAACUCGCGAAGGCAAAUGACGCUACUCUAAUCGAACCACAGGCAACAAAUAAUUCUGAAGGAGAUAAAUCACUGCACCAGUCCCCAGACACAGCUGGAAAACACAAAGACCCCCCGGGGGCUUCAGCAACAACAAAUAAGUCUGGAGGUGUCUGCAAAAAAGAGAUUUCUACUAUAACAAAAAAGGUGAAGGAACUUCCACAGGAAAAUAAGUGCGUGCAGAGUCAGAACUCAACAGCAGGCAACCUGAAAGAAGUAACUAAAACCAACGCAAAUAAUGAGGCAUAUAAAAUACAUGGAACUGAAAGAAGCCAGAGAAAAGAGAUUGACAAAAUCACAACUGAACCUCCUGAGGUCAGUCUGGCCGCAACUCAGUCACAGCUUGACGGAAACUCCCCAUCACUGGUAGAGAGGGCUUUUGAAACAAUGCAGGAAAUGCCAGUCAGUCCAACAGAAAAGGUCCAUUCAGAGGAAACAGCCACCAAGGAGCUUGUGACUGCAUCAUGUGAAGGACAGAAGGAACCUCAUAAAAAGCACAAAGCACAACAAAAGCCCAAAGAAGACAUGCAGGCUACAUUACUACAGAAAACUGCAAAGGAGAAAGAGUCAGCUCAAGAUGAAAAAAUCUGCAAAUUAUCCAAACCAUCUGUAACCCAGCAGAAAGGUUUAAAAGACACCAAAAUUCAAAUAGGCCAGAAAAGUGCCGACAGUUGUCAAAAUAAAGCAGAAAACAAGUGCAAAUCAGGUCCAGACAGUGAAUUAAAGGAUUCGAAAGAACUUCAGGAAGCAAGCAAAGAAUCUGCGAACAUCACAGAAAUGAAUGUUUUGGCAAAGAAGGAAACAGAUUCUACAGAAAUAACAACCAAGGGACAAGACAUCAAGGGAUGUGUUGAGAAACCACAAAAUCACAAUAUCAUCAUUGAUGAUAGCCCGUCACCUCCAGCCCCCUUCAGUCAUCGCAUAGUGACGACUAAGAAAAUACUUGUAACCUCUUCAUACACAGUUCAUUACAAUGAGGUGCUGGGAGGGGGUCGAUUUGGCCAAGUUCUUAAAUGUGCAGAAACGUCAACCGGCCUCGAACUUGCUGCCAAAAUAAUUAAAGUAAAAGGACCAAAGGACAGGGAGGAAGUGAAAAAUGAAAUCACUGUCAUGAAUCAGUUAAGUCACGUCAACCUGAUCCAGCUUUAUGAUGCAUUUGAAGCCAAGAACAAUGUCACACUGAUUAUGGAAUAUGUUGGAGGUGGAGAGUUGUUUGACCGAAUUAUCGAUGAAAACUAUAAUCUGACAGAGCUGGAUACAAUCAUCUUUGUGAAGCAGAUCUGCGAAGGUGUUCAAUAUUUACAUCAACAAUAUAUCCUUCACUUGGAUCUUAAGCCAGAAAACAUUUUGUGUGUAAACAACACAGGAAAUCAAAUCAAAAUUAUUGAUUUUGGUCUGGCUAGAAGGUAUAAGCCAAGAGAGAAGCUGAAAGUUCAUUUUGGUACCCCAGAGUUCCUUGCUCCAGAAGUGGUGAAUUAUGACUAUGUUUCGUUCCCGACAGACAUGUGGAGUGUGGGCGUCAUCACCUAUAUGUUGGUGAGUGGCUUGUCCCCUUUCCUGGGUGAUCAUGACACUGAAACCAUGAAUAAUAUUAUCAUUGCAAACUGGGACUUUGACGCAGAAGGAUUUGAAAGUGUUUCUGAAGAAGCAAAGGAUUUUGUUUCAAACCUUCUUGUUAAGGAAAAAGGUAACAGAUUCAGUGCAGGACAAUGUCUGAAACACAGUUGGCUUAACAAUUUACCAGAAAAAGCAAAGAAGUGUAGGGUUCAACUGAGAUCUCAAGUGAUGCUGCGGAAGUACAUCACACAACGCUUAUGGAAGAAAAAUUAUUAUGCAGUUACUGCUGUAAACAGGCUCAAGAAGCUCAACCAGCAAAAAUAUGCUUAGCUCUGGACUGACAUCCAAACACAGUAGAAAUGGAGCCAACUGGUAAUUAGAAAAUGCGGCUUAUUAUUGUUAGAGAAGUGAAGGGUCAACGAAUUUACUCCAUUUUGUUGUUGCCUGCAUCAAGAUGCUGCACUUUAAACAUUUGAUACUGUUCUUAAUUUUACAGCCAAAGUGAUGAUAGAAGUAACAAAUAUAACCUAUAAACUACAGAAAUAUCUCCUUUCAAUUUAGCAGCAGUAUCUUGAUCAUUCUAUUGAAACGUAAUUGGUAUUUUCUACACAAAAUAUAUCAUAUAAUUACACUGAAGAACUCAAAAACUGCUGACAAAUAUACCCAUUUGACAUUUUGAAGUGAGAAUGUGUAAGACUGUUUUCCAAAAAGUAUGUUUCAUCCUACAAUGUAGCAAGUUGAAAAAGUGUCAUAAAUAUAUGUCAAGCAAAUAGCAACAAAUUUUUAGUGUGAAGUGGAAUGAAAUCUCUUAAGGGAUGAAUCACACACAAACUAAUUCUUUAUUGUUUUUGAUUCUUAAAAAUAUUAGACAUUAUUAUCUAAAUAUUUGUUACUAUUACUACUGUGAAUAGCUAGCUGUAGCUGUUGUUUCUCAAGAUUCCUUUAUAUUGUAUAAAGGUGAGUGUAAGGACUAUUGUAUGUUUUUAAAAUGUUCUUUUCCUGGAGUUAAAUUUUUGUUAGCUGCUAAUUUUAUAACAUUAACAAUAUUUUAGAAAAUGUACUUCUGCCUGUCGUCUGAGAAGUCUUCAUAUGAAAAUGCCAGUAACUUUGUGUUUGUGAUCACUGCAAUAAUUUGACCAUAAUACCAUAAGAUCACUGGUCUGCUUGUACCAUUACCGAGUUUUCAAUAAUGUCAUUGUCCACAGUCGCCGUAACAGCAGACCAGAGCAAGUUUCACCAACCCAGCAGCCAAAUGAUACUGUUUUCCACCCCAUUAUCUGAGCACAGCUUCAGCACAUGCUCAACCAACCUAUAUGGUGUGUUGUGAAAUUCUAGUAAUCGAUCUUCUAUGACAGUUUUACUAAAAAGCCAUGUGGUCAACAGCAUUUUGAUCCUUGUUCCACAUUGAUAUUAUAAAUUUGAAGCCACAAUUACAGCAGAGAAAAUUACCAGUGAAUGAUAACAGUGACUAACUUAAGCAUAAAUUCAAAUAUACAUUGCACCAGAAAAUCUACAUCUAUCUUGUCUGAAUGAAUGUGCUUAAAUGGUAAAAUAACAAAUUGGAUCACGGCAAUAUUCAAAGACUCUUAGCAUUGCUGAACUUUGGUGGUAUUAAUAGCUAUAAGACAGGACAUGAGGCAGAAGUCUACCCUUUUCUCAUACUAUUCUUAAACUUACUCGGUCAUAAGAUUAUACAUUAAAAAUUCCCACCCCUACUAUUGUACUCUAUAUUGUAUAAGUUGGUAUAAGACCCUUACUGUGGUUCAUUUGAAUUAUUUAACACAGAUGCAAGUAUUUGAACUAAAUGAGGUCUAAAUGCUAUCUUCCCUGGGAAGCUAUUAAUUUAUUUUUGAUAUGGCAAAGUGAGAGGUAGUUGUCAUCUACAACUUUUUGACUUCAAUUAACAUCAUGCAUUUCCCUUUAGGAACAGAUAGGAGAAUACAUUUCAGAAGAGUGGGAUAGAAUAGGAAAAGUCAAAGAUUGGCUAAUUUAUAUUCUCUGUCAAUCAAAAUUGUAGGUCUAAGCUCUUAGAAAAGGCAUGGAUUGUUUUGGAUGAUACAACACAUGCCAGCUUCUACACCCAAAUUGUAGUUGAGGUUCUGUAGGUAUCAUCAACAGAAAAGAAGACUAAAGCCAUAAUGUCUCAUUAUGAGAUUCGUGGAACAUUCCUUGUUCUGCUCAGGUCCCUUCUCUUAAUUCUUUCUCUGGUACAUUGAUGACAUAAUUGAUGGUCUUUUCCUCACCCAUCCGGAAUUGGAAUUCACUUCCAAAUUCCGCUCUGCUCUCACCUUUAUCUGUCCAUUUCCCAACUCCUCCCUUCCCUUCCCCAACAUCUUUGUUUCCAUUUCUGAGGAUUAUUUUGUAACUUGACUUGAACUGUUUGCAUUUUGGAAUUAAAUCUACUCCCAUUAAGUCUCCCAAGGCCUAGAGUGGUUUGUUUCUGAUGCUGAAAGUUAUGUCCUAAUUUGUUCUCAGCCACGUCUGUAGGAGAAAGCCAACUUUAGCAUGUAGUAAAGCUGUCACAUUUCACUGGCAUCUGCAGAAAAGGAAAUGCUCCCCUAAUGUUGCUGCACAUGGUAAUAGAUUUCACUAUGACUCCUACCAACUGCUGCACAUUAUAAGAUAUGGACCUCAUGGCUAAACAUAUACAAGAUCUCCAUUUUUUAAAACAUUACAAAGCCCCAGGUCCUCCACCUUUCACAAAAAAAAAGGUAGUGCUCUCUUUCAUCCUCUGGCUCCCUUGUGUUUUGAAACUCUCCUAGUGCUAAUUCUUCAUUCCACUAUCUCCCUGGGGUUAACUCAGCUAGUGAGCAGGAAACUGGAUGACUUAUUUUGGGCAAAGGCAAAAGACUAGUUACGCUGCUGUUUACACACUGGACAAUCUGGGAAAGAAGAGCAAAAGGAAAUGCAUGGUCCACUUAGAGAAGACAGAUUCAACAGUUUGGUUACUGCAUUGAGGGGUUAUAGCUAAUACUCACUGCACUUUCAUUCUUCGGUCAUGCAUACGCUGGAGUGAAUUGUGGGUGGUCCUGUUACUAUGCUCACUUUCAUCAGGUCUUUAAACUCCCCCUAGGGUGCAGUGUAAACAAAGUAGCAUUCUCAGACACCGUCAUUUGUCUCUACGUGGUUUUUGUGAUUCUCCACUGGGUUCUGCUUAUGCAAGACCCGGUUUUCAUGCCAAUGUGGUUUAUAUGUAUCCAAGAAAGUAGAGUUCCAGAAUUUGGCCCUUUUGCUGACUAGGGAAGCUGGUCCCAGUGUGCUGCUUCAUCAUGCAUAAUUCUGAUACUUUGCUGUGUCUCACCAUUCCUGCAAAAUCAACACAUCACUACCAGGUGAAAGACCCAUUUGGUCCUCAUUCGAUUAAUCACUCGGCAAGCCCCAAGGAAAUUCAAGGCAUAAGUGCAUCAGCAUCAUACCUUGCAAUAUUGAGAAAGAAAAUUGUACACAACUGCAGUUGUAGCACACAGUUAAUAUUUUUGGUCAGGAUAGGAGCAAAUUGCAGAAGCAUUGUUUCUUUAGAAAUGCAGGGAAUAAAUAUUUUAGGCUGCAAAGUGCAUUUCAUCCUUCUUCAGGCCAGUAAAUUACAGCGGCUUUUGUCGAUACAUAUACUUGUAUAAAUUUUCAGGACUCAAAGCUCUGAUGAAUAGCAAAAUAUGCAACAAACUGAAUAUUAAGGAUUGUAAUAACAGAACUGUGAAAUUACAUAUGUUUUGUAAUUGUGUGCAAAAUGGUAUUCUUCCACAAAUCUGAGCUUCCUUUCUUUGAAUUAACAAAUAGUUACUACUGUUUCAUUGCAGCCAUCCAAAAACGUACAUUCAAUUCAAUAGCUUUAACAUGGAGAAGUAGCAUGUUUUCCUCCUCCACGACCCCCUUCUAAAUUUCAGGUAUGAGGUAACAUAAUGAGUGGAAAAUGAGGCAACAGAGUGCAAGAUUUGCUUCUUUGUCAGAAGAAGCUAUGCUUUAGCUUGAGUAUUUUUCAAAAGUUUAAACACGCACUUGGAAAAAUCUUUCAGUUCUAACAAAUACCUUACAAAAACUGAAAGUUUUUGCAUGAACGGCUGUUCCAAUUUUGAGAAUUAUAAUGUGAACAGUGUGAAAUUUAUGCUUCGUAAAUGAAAAUGGGAUGUGUUUUCAGCCAUCAUUGCCUCCAUACUACAGUACAAAACACAGCAUGCAAAUCACCUUCUAUGAAGGCAAAAUUAAAUACUAAGAAAUAGCUAUGCUUGUUUUAUCAGUGAAUGCAAUGGUGAGAUAUUAUUGCAUUGUCU